ACCCUUUGGUGUCCCCACAGGUCCCCAGAGCAAAGUGAACCGCUGCCAACCCAACGAGCACAACUGCCUGGGCACCGAGCUCUGCAUCCACAUGAGCAAACUCUGCAACGGCCUCCAUGACUGCUUCGACGGCUCCGACGAGGGGCCGCACUGCCGGGAACAAUUGGCCAACUGCUCGGCGCUGGGCUGCCAGCACCACUGCGCUCCAACGCUGUCCGGCCCCGUCUGCUACUGCAACCACUCCUUCCAGCUGGCCGAGGACAGGAGGAGCUGCAGAGAUUUUGACGAAUGCACCGUGUACGGGACCUGCAGUCAAACAUGCACCAACACCGAGGGCUCCUACACGUGCAGCUGCGUUGAGGGCUACCUUCUGCAGCCGGACAACAGAUCCUGCAAAGCCAAAAACGAGCCUGUGGAUCGCCCUCCUGUGCUGCUGAUCGCCAACUCCCAGAACAUCCUGGCCACAUACCUGAGCGGAGCCCCCGUGCCCAACAUCACCCCCACCAGCGCCAAGCAGACCACGGCCAUGGACUUCAACUACGUGGAGGACACGGUGUGCUGGGUCCACGUGGGCGACAGCGCCUCCCAGACCGUCCUCAAGUGCGCCAAGAUCCCCAACCUGAAGGGUUUUGUGGAUGAAUGGUCCAUCAACAUCUCCCUGAGCCUGCACCACGUGGAGCAGAUGGCCAUCGACUGGCUCACAGGCAACUUCUACUUCGUGGAUGACAUCGAUGACCGGAUCUUUGUCUGCAACAAGAACGGGGACACCUGCGUCACGCUGCUGGACCUGGAGCUGUACAAUCCCAAGGGAAUCGCGCUGGACCCGGCCAUGGGCAAAGUGUUCUUCACUGACUACGGGCAGAUCCCCAAGGUGGAACGCUGCGACAUGGACGGGCAGAACCGCACCAAACUGGUGGACAGCAAAAUCGUCUUCCCUCACGGCAUCACCUUGGACCUGGUGAACCGCCUGGUGUACUGGGCUGAUGCCUACCUGGACUACAUCGAGGUGGUGGAUUACGAGGGGAAAAACAGGCACACCAUCAUCCAGGGCAUCCUGAUCGAGCACCUGUACGGGCUGACCGUCUUUGAGAAUUACCUGUACGCCACCAACUCGGACAACGCCAACGCCCAGCAGAAAACCAGCGUCAUCCGCGUCAACCGCUUCAACAGCACCGAGUACCAGGUGGUGACACGCGUGGACAAGGGAGGAGCGCUGCACAUCUACCACCAGCGGCGCCAGCCAACAGUGCGGAGCCACGCCUGCGAGCCGGAUCAGUUUGGGAAGCCAGGAGGCUGCUCGGACAUCUGCCUGCUGGGGAACAGCCACAAGAGCCGGACGUGCCGCUGCCGCUCCGGGUUCAGCCUGGGCAGUGACGGGAAAUCCUGCAAAAAGCCCGAGCACGAGCUGUUCCUGGUGUAUGGGAAGGGGCGUCCUGGCAUCAUCCGCGGGAUGGACAUGGGUGCCAAAGUGCCGGACGAGCACAUGAUCCCCAUCGAGAACCUCAUGAACCCCCGAGCCCUGGACUUCCACGCCGAGACCGGCUUCAUCUACUUCGCCGACACUACCAGCUACCUCAUCGGGCGCCAGAAAAUCGAUGGCACGGAGCGUGAGACCGUCCUGAAGGAUGGCAUCCACAACGUGGAAGGGAUCGCCGUGGACUGGAUGGGGAACAACCUGUACUGGACGGAUGAUGGACCCAAAAAGACAAUCAGCGUGGCACGGCUGGAGAAAGCUGCCCAGACGCGGAAAACUCUGAUCGAGGGGAAGAUGACGCACCCCCGUGCCAUCGUGGUGGACCCUCUGAACGGGUGGAUGUACUGGACGGACUGGGAGGAGGAUCCCAAGGACAGCAAGAGGGGCAAAAUCGAGAGGGCCUGGAUGGACGGCUCCAACCGUAACAUCUUCAUCACCUCCAAGACCGUCCUGUGGCCCAACGGGCUGAGCCUGGACAUCCCUGCCAAGAUCCUGUACUGGGUGGACGCUUUCUAUGACCGCAUCGAGAUGGUUUAUCUCAACGGCACCGAGCGCAAG